AUGGCAAAGAUCAGGACCGGGCGCCGUUGGAGCAGUUUGCUGAGCUUGCUGUGGCUGGCGACCGUAUUGCUGGCCGGGCUGGGCGCAUUGACCUUCACGGCAGGGAGCGGACAUCCCCGAAGCCCGAGCGCCCUGCGACAUGCCGAGCGCGGCAUAGCCAGCAGCGGCAUUCAGGGCGAAGACAAGUUCGACGGCAUCCUCGACGAGUUGGCGGCCGCGGCUCAAGCAGAGGAGGAAGCCCAGGAGCCAGUUGAGGAGCUGGAGGAAGACAGCUGGGCGUGGCUGAAAGAAUCCUUUGGCUGGGUUCUGGUCGCUGACGUGUUCAUUCUGAUCGCGCGGCUCGGAACGAGAAAAUGA